UGCAUAUUUCGUAACGAAAUGCCUAGUUUGUAAGUCAUUUAUCUUUUUUCUGUUUUAGUUUCUUAGUUUUUUAGGUGCUGACUGGCGGCGGAGUGAGUGGUCAGUGCAACCACUCACCACCAGGAGCGCUUGCGUCCCUGGUCACUAAAUCCAGUCCUGGAUAAAAAGCAAAGCGGACUACGAGUCCAAGUUCCCAACCCCCGCAUGGUAGACUCUUUUCUACUCUGUCCAACACUUCAUCCAGACCAUCCUCUGUCUCCUGUAAACUCCUACACGUAAUGCAUGCCAAUUUGCAUCCCGCAUGAAUGUGCCCAGGGUUUUCCCUGUGUCUAUGCAGGUUUUACCUGGGCCCAACCUAUCUCUAGUUAUAGUCUAGAUUUAAGAGUGAGGGGAGUUAGUCAUGGCGCCAAUCGCUGCCAUGGCUGGCCAAUCCCCUCCUAGCACAUGAUGCAUGCGACCCUCUCCUUGCAUGGCUAAUCCCAGCAUGACUAGGCGUAUAGGCUUCGGCCUGAGACGCACCUAGGUCCCUCCCUAACCCGGACUCCUCCAAAAUACACUUAGUUUUAGUUAGGUUAGGAAAAAAAAAAAAAGCAUAAAAUCAGGAAGGUAGCAUUGCUGCCGCUAGACUCUUGUCUUGUAUGUUGGUCUAGAGUCUAGGUCAGGCUGCUGGUGGCUGUUCGGUCUGGGGCAGGCGCGGGCCACUAAGUUAGUUGAACUAUCUUUGCUCGGUACUUGCCUACACUAGAAAUGGAAUUUCGCGAGUUUCAGUUCGGUAUUUACGUACCGAAGAAUUCGCCCGUGUGUUUAAAUGCAUCCAUAUUUACUUACUCUAUGGCCAGUCUUGUUUCAGUUAUAAUGUCGACUCCGCGUCCCAAAGCAGGUCUCCUGUGUCGCGGAUAUGGGCGUGGACCAGGCUGCUGCGCACUGCUCGCCGGGGUGACGCUGCUGAUGUGGCUGACGCUGUGCGCCUCGCCGCCAGACGACCAGCUGGACUGGCUGCGUCACGACCGCAACGCCAGCCACUACGUGCGGCCGCGGGCGCCCACGGCACUGCUGGACUCGGCGGCGUGCAGCGAUGAUGUGAGGCUGUUGCUGGCGGUGGCAUCCAGCCAGGGAGGCGGCGAGCGGCGCCAGGCCGUCAGGGACACCUGGGGCAGAGCGAGGCCCGACUCCCGGCUCAUCUUCAUGAUGGGCCACAAUGGAUCAUCGCGCCUGUCGCCGGAGCUGACUCGCGAAGCGGCCCAGCAUGGCGACAUAGUGGUGGAGGACUUCGUGGACAACUACCACAACCUGACGCUGAAGACUCUGUUCAUGCUGAAGUGGGCAGCGUCGCGCUGCGCCCCGGCGCUCCACAUCAUGAAGACAGGCGACGACGUGCUGGUGAACGUGCAGCACGUGCUCGAGGAGACAGAAGCCCGCCGCCCGGUGGAGGGGCCUCUGUUGUUGGGCACCGUGGGCGACCGCCGGCCCCAGAGGUGUCCCUGCAGCAGGCGGCACCUGCCCCAGUGGCUGUACCCGGGCGACGUGCUGCCUGCCUUCCUCUCUGGUACCGGGUAUUUGAUGUCACGGCCGGCGGUGAUGGUGCUGCUCCGGCGCACUGCAGAUGUGCCUCUCAUCAACCUGGAGGACGUGUACGUGACGGGGCUGCUCGCGAGUCGCACCCCGGCCAUCCCGCUGCUGACGGCAGCAACAGUGCACGUCGACCGGCCCCUAUUAGCGUCAGCUGCAGGCUGGCUUCGAGGCUGGUGACCUGGUGGUCGUGUGGCAGAGCCUGCGACCUCUGGGCUCAAGGGCCUGUGAGGCAUUGUGGCUGCGAGUCCUGGCCUGGUUUCUACUGGUGGACCUCGGAGGACCAGGCUACUGCCUGGGCCCAUAGAGCAUGAAGAAGUAGCAGUGCGAGGCUGGCUGUCUAGUGGCCGUGUGGCAGCGCCUGCGAGAUCUGGGUCCAAGACCUGUGACACCUCGUGGCUGCGAGUUCUGACUUGAUUUCUGUGGUUGGAACUCAGACAUCCAGCUACUGCCUGGGGCCAGUGAAGGACCAGUGGUGCAAGUCUUGCUAUUAAAUGUCUGUGCGGCAGUCUAUAGUUCCUAAAACAAAGGGUCAGUGAUACCGAAGGGCUGUGCGAUCUGGACUGGGUCUUCCGAGUGACUAAGGCAACAAGAUGACCAGUCCGCAAAUUGGGGCCCAUAUUGGACUAGUGGCACGAGGCUGGCUCUGUAAUCUAGACCUUAUUUCUUCAGUAAGCCGAGUUAUUUUUUUAACAGCUGGCAUUUUUCACUCAUUUUAAGUAUUAAUUUAUCUUGUUUUUUUAAAGUAUUACAACAUAUUUUAAUAUUUCAAGUGAUUCACUCAUUCUGAAGAAUAUUUCAUAAAACGAUUGUUUUAAAUAAAUUAUUUUUCUAUUGUGCUAUGAUAAAAGAAGUGUAGACUCUCAAUCAAGAUUUUUUUAAGAAUGUGUGUUAUAGACAUUAAUAAUAAAUUCUUAUGUCUAUAA